CGAAACCCAUUAUUCUCUCUCAUAAUUUGCUUUUCUUUUUUUAAAUUUGUGCCUUUGACAUCGUCCAUCUUGCGUGAAGUUUUUUUUUUGUUGCAAAAAUUCACCAACUUAGACUUAAGACUCUGUUUGUUGAUCUUUAUUAUUCUUCAAAUGUGAGAUAAUUCUUUUUUGCUACAACCACCGUCAGAACUUUUGAUAAAAUGGAUCGUGGAGAACUGAGUAAAGUAUUUAAAAUGUUCGAUAAGAAUGGCGAUGGGAAAAUUGCAAAAAAUGAGCUGAGGGAUUUCUUCAAAAGUGUGAGUAUCCUUGUUCCCGAAAAUGAGAUUAAGGAGAUGAUUGCAAAGAUGGAUGUGAAUGGAGACGGUUUCAUGGAUAUAGAUGAGAUUGGGUCAUUGUAUCAAGAAAUGAUGGAAGAGAAAGAAGAAGAAGAGGACAUGAGGGAGGCAUUCAGAGUAUUCGAUCAGAACGGUGAUGGUUUCAUCACCGAUGAAGAGUUAAGGUCGGUUCUUGCAUCAAUGGGGUUGAAACAAGGAAGAACACUUGAAGGUUGCAGGAAAAUGAUUAGUAAGGUUGAUGUUGAUGGAGAUGGUAUGGUCAAUUUUAAGGAAUUUAAACAAAUGAUGAGAGGUGGUGGAUUUGCUGCUCUUAGCUCCAAUUAAACAUGUUUUCUCUUUUUUUACUCAUAAUAAAUUUUUAUUGUUUAGAUAUUAAUACUAGUUUAUGGAAUUUAAACAAUAAAAAGAGUGUAUUUGAUCAAGAAAGUAGAAUUAUUUGCAUUAAAUGAAAUGUCUGAUGUUGAGUAUUA